AUGACUGCAGAAUUCACUCUAUUUAAAGGUGUUGAUAUUCCUGUGGAUAUUGUUAGCAGUGCAAAGACACGAACAAAAGAACAUACCAAAAAUACUUUUGAGGCAUUUCUUCAGAAUUUAGAACAACCGCUAAUUCACCCCGUUCUCAGUUCUCUGUCGUCUGUAGUUGGAUUACCUUGUAGCACCUUUCUUUGCCGAUUGACAGCUAUCAGCGAAUAUACUUCAGGAACUCGCAAAGUUAACACCGUUGCAAUUAUUAAGGAGAACCUCACGAUUCUUGCAGAUCUGGAUGCUCAGAAUCCUGGCAAGAUGAUUAACUCUGAGAAGCACAUAUCAGUCUUAAGACAACUUUCUGAAUUGGCAAAUACCGAUGGAUAUGCCCAAGAUUUUGAAGAAUGGUCAAUGAAUAAUUCUACAGAGCUUCAUGACACUCUAAUCUCCUGCCUGAACUCCGAAAAUCCUCUCAUUAUAGAAGAAACUGCAGUGACUAUAUCAUUUCUUGCAAGAAAUCUACACUUUGCGCUAUUCCGAUCGGCAGAAACACUGAUCACUGCCAUGGUUGCAGCCUUAGCUGUUGCAAUGACUCCAACAGAAAACCAUUUUGAGUCUUAUAGAAAGGCUUUUGAGUUGCAUAAGGAAGUUCUGAUGACAAAAUCGAUACAAUUGCCGUUUCACUAUCCUCGGCAAAACUAUGACUUCCAUGAUCCAAGAUUCCGUGUAGUUGGUUACAUAUAUUACGCUCUGGCAGACUUUCUGUACAAUGUUCCCCAUCCGUUUCUAAUACACUAUUUUCAAUGCCGAAUUUCUAGAAGAAAGGAGGCAACACGAACACAUCUAUUUCGAAUCCUCUACGCAAUUGUCAAGAAUCUAAGUGAACUGGAAGAAUUUGCAAAAAAUAUCAGCCCAAGAAUUGAAAAACAACAAGACAAAUCGGAUGGGCAAACUCCGCCCUUUAAUGGGACAUUUAACGAAAUCACCAGUCCAAUUUCUCAGACAAAGACUAUUGAAAAGAACAAUACAGAAUCGCUUGAAAAUAGCACAUCUGAACCGGAAUUCUAUCAAAGAGAUCAGUGGUCAAAGCUACCUUCAAAGCUCUUUUUGGAAAUACUUCGAACAUCUCAAGAGGGAAAUCAAGAGAAUGUGAACUUAAUAACAAAUAUUAUGGCAGAAUUGCAAUCAGUUUCACCAAUUAAAUUACCAAGUGUCAUGCUCACUAGAGAGGGCAUCAACCCUAAUCUCUUGGAAUCAAUUAAUCGGAGACUUCGCAUUGACAUUCCAAAAUCGGUAGAAGGUACGCUAAACGCCGAAAAUGAUAGAACUGUUUCUGCUCCUGAGAAUGGAAUCGAAACAGAAUAUGUUCAAAGCCACAAUAGAUCCUCUGUACUCGUACCUAAACAGCCAAAAUUAAGCGAGUUGAAAUUUAGUUCGGGAUGA